AUGACUUAAAAAUUUACAAAGGAACAAUAAUUAUUAAUUGAAGAAAUCAUUAAUAAAGGUUAUAAUCAAGAAGAUUUUGAGUAAUUCGUACUUUAGAAAGAACCUGAAAAAGGUAUGAAAUAUAUUAUACUUAGGAUAUGAUUUAAGUGAAUGGACUUAUGACGAAUUAUUUCGAAUCAUUUAACUUUAUUAACAAGAAAGUAAAUUUUAGUAUAUAAAUGAAGAAUAAGACUCAUACUAAGUUUUAACUCCAGUAAAUGAGCCUGAAUCACCAGAUAUUUAAAGCACAUAUUAAAUUAUUGACAAGGAAGUAUAUGCUUAAAAUUAAAAAUAAGACUCAAUUAAACUUGUAUAUGAUAUCUAUUAUUAGACAAUUAGAAUGAAAAAAUGCAUGUUUUACCAUAUGAGAAAACUAUCAAAUGCAAAUAAUUGUAUUUUUUUAUUGAUGAAAAUGUUGAAUUAUAAUUUGAAAUCAGCGCGUAAUUUUUAAAGUUUCAUUUAAGACCUAUUGAAGAAAGAGGUGGAAUUUUAGACUUUUUCUAAAAAACUAUUGUAUUUCCUAUAUAAGUCAACCCUAUGCAAUGGAAAAUUAAAAGAACUCUAUAAGAUUUUGGUCAAUUAAGAAAUAUACUAUGUGCAGCCUUUCCUGAAUUAAUAGUAUUUAAUUAUAUAAUUAGAUACCUUCAUUUCCAUAUAAAGACAUAGAUGAUUAUGAUAUUAUUAUGAAGGAGUAGUAGAAUAUUUUAAAAGUCUUAACUGUAUUUAUUUAUAUUUAAAAAUAUUAGAUAUUUCUAUAAAUUUACAACAAAAAACCAAUCAUAAGAACUGUUGCUGCUAGUUUACAUUUUCUUAGUGAAACAAAUCCAAAACAAUUUUAAUCAAAAUUUUAUAAUGAGUAAACUCUAAUAAAAUAAUUUAAUCUCAAUCAAAAAUAAUCAAAGACAGGAACACUAUCCGUUUAAUUUAAUUAAGAUUAAUAUUAAAAAUAUAAAGAUUAUUAAACAUAUCUAAAUGCAGAAUAAGCAAACUAUGAAAUUAUUUAAAAACAUUUAGAAUAAUUUGCUGAAUUUACUUAUAAAGGAUAAUAAAGUUUAGGAUUUUCAAUUGAAAUGAUUCAUUAAUUAUGCAUUUCCCUUCCUUAAUACUUUGAGGCAUAAGAAUUUGGAAAAGCUUUGAGUAUGAUAAAGUCUCAUUUUGUAAAAAUACUUUGUUAAUUAUUAUUAGUAAACCUAAAAAGAUUUUAUCUUAAGAUCUACUAAAUAGAUAAUGGAUGUUUUAUUGAUUACUCUCCUAAAAUUUAAAAACUCUAGAUAACAACUUUUUGAAUUAAAAUCCAAUCUCAAUGAGACAUUAUAAAAUUUUUCUAAUGAAUUCUUUCUCUUAGAAAAAAGAAAAGAAGAACUUUUUACAUUAAGUAAAAUUUUAAUAUAUGUAAGAGGAUUUGUAAAAAUGGGGUUUAAAUUAAGAACUACAAUCUAAAAUAGAUAUAAGCAAAUGUUUUACAGAUAUUAAAUAUGCUAAAGAAAUAAUGUUGCCUAAAGAAACCUUUUACGUUAAUGAAAAAAAGGAUUAAUAUGUUUAUAUGUUAAACCAUUUUAAUGAAUAGUUUGAUUAAUAAUUUUUAAUCGAAACAGAUAAGCUACUUAGUGAAAUUCAUUUUUAUCUGGAUAAUAUGCGAUAUUACACAAAUAACCAAGUAAAUAUUAAUUUUUAAAUAAACUUAGUUGUAAAAUUGGGAUUUUCUCAUUUAAGAAUAUGAAGAGUAUAAAUUUCAAUAUAGUUAAAAUUUGAGUGUUAAUGCAUGA